AUGGACGCGGCAUCGGAAAACGGUGACACGCUGGGCUUGAUGGGCGACAGCAGCGGUGGCAACGUCGUCCUGAGUCUGGGAUUCUGGGCUGUGCAGAAUUACAAUGAACUUGCACUACCACAAAUGCAGCAGCACCAGCAGAAGAAGCCGCACGCCUUUUCCACAGCACACUCGCCAAAUGCUGACGAUGACGGGACCAAAGAGACACAAAGAACGAGGACGAAUAACAACUUCCCCCUCACAUCCUUGAUCAGCAUCUCGGGUCCGACGGACCUGACGCACAGCAACCCGAAAAUCCGCAAAGCAAACAAGCUCAACUGCGUCCUUACAGCGCAGAUGGCGAGGCAAGUGGCGGAGAUCUGGACCGGGACCGCCGGGACCACCGGUAACGGCAACGACAAUGACAAUGACAAUGCGAACCGGAAGGCAAGGAAGGACCAAGACCAACAACAACCCUCCUCUUCACACAAUCCUGGACUUAUCCCACUAUCUGACCCCUGCGUCUCACCCCUCCUCAACGCCGACACAGCCUUCCACGCGCUGCGGGCCAGAAACGUACACGUGCACGGCGUCCUGGGCACGCACGACGUGCUGGCUCCCGACGGGCUGGAAUUCAUGCGCAAGUGCCAGAGGCUCGGCGUGUCGGGGAGAUGGUUGGUCUGGAAAGGCCAAAUGCAUUGUUUCCCUCUGGCGGGUGGGGGAAGCGGCGGCAGGCUUGGGAUCCGGAAAGGGACAGAAGGAAGAGACUUCUUGGUGAGUGUGCUUUGCAGAGAUUAUGAGCGGGAGAAUUCAGGUGAGAUAUAA